AUGGUUACUCCAUCAAAGUGUGGACUGGUUAAACCAAAUCCUAAGUAUGCUCUUAAUUCCAUUUCUUUGGCUAAUUUGCCUGUUGAGCCUACUUGUUUCAACUCUGUAGUUAAGGAUGCCAGAUGGCAGAGUGCUGUGGCAGAAAAGUUCAAUGCCAUACUUGCAAAUCAGACGCAGUCUCUUGUUCCUCGUCCAUCUAGUGUUAAUAUUGUUGGUUGCAAAUGGGUCUAUCGAGUUACACAGAAGUCUGAUGGCUCUUUUGAUCGUUGUAAGGCAAGAUUGGUGGCCAAGAUUUAUACUCAGGCACCUGGUGUGGAUUAUAGUAAGACUUUUAGUCCCGUUGUUCGUCCCACUAUUAUACGUCCGAUACUCUCUAUUGCUCUUUCUUGUAGUUGGUAUAUUCGUCAGUUUGAUUGA